AUGAGGAUAAGCGAAGAUGAGGAGGAUGAAAUGGAAACGUCGUCAUCGGAUAACGCAACGGUGAUAUUGACAAAUAAUGAAACAGUGAAUGCAACGAAACAGUUGAAUGACGACAAUGUGAUGAACUUGUAUGGCGACGAUGGGAUGGUGUUGGAAGGUGGUGUGAGUGCUUACGACGAGUUGCCUUUGUAUAAUGACGAUGUGCUUAUCGAUAGGGAUGGCAAUAAUCUAGAUGACAAUAAUAUGUAUUUGGAUGAUAAUAUUGUCACUGAUGUCGAUGGCUAUUUCAAUGGAGAGGUGGAUGUUGGGAGACGUAUGGAUGAGAUGGAUUCGGGUUGUUUUAAUGACAAUAAUGAUGAUGAACCAGUAAUAGAGCAUAGAAAUUAUUUGUUAUCUACAUUGUCAGCAGCGACAAAGAGACCGAUUAUAAGACGUAUCCGCAUUAUAAAACCAUCCAAAAAUGUGAUUUAUUCGAAAUGA